UCGCCGGUUGUUUUUAUUGUUAUUUGUUAAUUGAGUACAGUAUUAAUAUGCGUUGGAUUUACGCAUGUUUUGUUAUAUUGCUUUGUGCGCUUAUAUUCUGCGAAUAUAUGGCCGAUUUUGUUGUGCUUCAAAAGUGUAAAUGGCCUGAGAUACGACGUAAAAAAUAUGUGGACGAUCCGUUGAAGGCCAUGGUUAUAGCCGAUCCGCAUUUGUUGGGACCGCAUCGUGGUCAUUGGCUAGACAAGUUGUAUCGCGAGUGGCACAUGACCCGUUCCUUUAAAGCCGCUUCGAGGCUGUUCCAACCAGACGUUGUAUUCAUACUGGGCGACCUGUUUGACGAGGGUGACAUGGUUAGCGACAAACAAUUUCAGGAAUAUGUAUGGCGCUAUCUGCAAAUGUUUAAUCUACCUGCUGGCAUACCGCUUAUCAGCGUUGUGGGCAAUCAUGAUGUUGGCUUCCACUAUAAAAUGCAUCCAUUUUUUAUGACCCGCUUUGAGAACUACUUAAACUACUCCAAGGUACACUUGUAUACCAUCAAACAGAUACACUUUGUGGUCAUUAACUCAAUGGCAAUGGAGGGCGACAACUGCUUGUUCUGCGCCGAGGCGGAAUCGGCACUAAUCAAUAUAUCGAGUACAUUGCACUGCAUGCAACAUCCACAUGUGGCUGAAUGCGCACGCACACGUCGUCAUCCGUAUAGUCAGCCCAUUAUAAUGCAACAUUUUCCCACAUAUCGCAUAUCGGAUAAAGCAUGCACUGAGCGUGAAGCACCUGAGAUUGAAAGAUUCCGUGAGCGCUAUCAUGUGCUAUCCAAGGACGCCACCGAUAUGUUGGGUCAGCUGCUGAAGCCGCGUUUGGCGUUUGCUGGACAUUCGCAUCAUUAUUGCCACAACAUUAAUCGCCUGGGCAUAGACGAAUACACAGUAGCUUCGUUCAGCUGGCGAAACAAUGUCAAUCCCAGUUUUAUGUUGGCCACAAUUACGCCGGAUGAUUAUGCGGUGUUCAAAUGCAAAAUGUUGCCGCAACAAUUUGUUGUCAAUAGUUAUUUGGCCGCUGGUUUGAUGUGUUUGAUGCUGUUAACCCUGCGCGUUAGCAAGUUUUUAAAGAGACGCUCCGACAAGAAUGAGGAGGAGAAGCAGCGUAAGCGUCAAUAGCUGCCAAGUUAAAUCCCGAGCAAGGUAUUCUCUAAAUGUGAUUCAUGGCCAAAUUAGGGUCUUAGUUUAAUUAAUAUAAAGCUAGACUGUGCACUAUUUAUUAUUAAUUGCCAUAUCAAAAGCUUGACACUGACUUAUUUUUCAAAAGUUAAAUAUACCAUGUUUAUGUAGUAUAUUGUUGUAUUUAUUCAAUUUUUAUCACAGACAUAAUGCUUGCUAAGUCACAUGGAAUAGACACAGUCUGCAGACUACUUAAGCGAUAAAUACUUAUAAACUCUUGAACAAAUUAAAUAAAUGUCAAGGGACUACACUGCAAUACAUAAAAAGAUACUACUAUUUAACAUGUACAAACAAAUUUGAAAUUAAUUACUGAACUACCCACAACAUUCUGUGUGUACAGGAUAUAGGAUAAAGCAAUGCCAAAGUAAUGUUUCAAUAAAGCAACA